UGUUUUUAUAUACUCUGAUAUCUAUCCAUCGUUUGCACUUUCUUUUUUAUAUAUUUAUUAUUAUUUUUUUAUUUCUUCACUGUUUUUUCAUACCUAAAUCUCUUUAAUCUGUUUAUUUAACAUUACAGCAACAAGGAAUUUAAAAUGGAUAUACUAAUAAGAUAAUAAUUCAGUGUUUCUUCCUUAUUUUGAAGUAUAUUGUUAUUAAUUACUGAUAGAAUAAAAUUAAUUGAAAAUGAGUGACGAAACAAAUAGUAAUAAUAAAGAAAUAAGAGAGUUAUAUUCUAUGUUUCACCAAGAAUACAUUAUAAUGGCAGAAUAGUAUGUGAUUUUUAUGUCGAAUGUUGCAAACUGAAAACUUACAAGGCGUUUAUGUUAUACCAUCAUAUGAAAACUCAUUCUUAUGGUAUGGUGUAAUUUUUAUUAGAGCUGGCUAUUAUGAAGGCGGUAUUUUUAGAUUUACUCUGACAUUACCAGAUAAGUUUCCAGAUGAUGAUGUUCCUGCUAUAACAUUUGUAUCAAACCUAUAUCAUCCAGCCGUAGAGCCUAAUACAGGAGUUCUACAUUUAAAUGAAGUAUUUCCACAAUGGGAUCGAAAACGUAAUCAUAUUUGGCAACUUUUAAAAUACAUACACUGGAUAUUUCAUAAUUUAAACAUUAAAGCCCCAGCUAAUGUAGAGGCUUCAGUAUCGUACAAAACUAAUAGAAAAUCAUUUAUAGACAAGGUGAAAGAGUGUGUAGCAUCAAGUAUUGAUCAUAUUUAUGAUGACCCACCAACUGAUGAUAAACAUUACAUAACUUUUAAACCAUAUGAUCCAGAAGUUCAUGAUACUGCCAAAAAUGUUAUGCUUAGACCACCAAAACCAAAUGAAGGACUUGGACAAGGAAUAUCUUGGGUACAAGCAGGAUCAUACCAACCUUUUUCUAAAGAGGAAACAGCAUAAAUGAUAAACAAUAUUGCUCUAACAUACUUUAUUUAGUUAAUUUGCCAUAUGAGGUACCUGUGAUAAAAUAAAAUUACAACAAAAGAAUGUGAAAAGUUAACAUGUCUAUAUUUUCUCUUUAAUUUGGCAUCAAAUUUCAUCAAUCACAUUCUAGUUUAUUUGUUAUUCUUACAAAUAAUAAUAUUUAAUCAGUACCUAUAAUAACACAUUCAAUAAAUAAAUAUAACAUAAUAGAUUAAUGUGUAAUAUAAAUAUCUUGAACUAAUAUUAUCUUCUUUAAAUUUUUAAAUAUAAGUAUAUUAAUCAG